UCUCUCUCUCUUCCCUCCUCUCUUCUCUCUCCUCUCUCUCCUCUCUCUUCUAUAUCCCAUCUUGGAACUAAACCUUUUGUUAAUAUGUUAAAUCUUCUUGUCUUUAAUAAUUUCAUAGAUCUUCCUUACGUGUUUACCAUCACUAGACACUUUUCUAAAUGCUUGCUCCUGCCUCUUUGGAUUCCCUUUUAUGCUCAGCUAGUACCACAGGGCACCCCGGGACCUCUCAUACCACAUCUAAUUUUAUUUGAAACCAUUAGAAAUGUUGUUCGACCUGGUACCCUAGCCGUGAGAUUAGCAGCUAAUAUGAAAGCAGGUUAUCUUUUACAAACACUUUUAGGAAGAACUGGUCCUUCUCCAUUAUCAUAUGCUAUACUUGUUAGAUAAAGUCUAUUAUUAAUUCUUGAAGCUGACGUACCAGUGAUUCAGUCUUAUAUAUUUGCUGUACUAAAAACCCUUUAUGCUAGUGAAGUUGCAUAA